AAAAGGAGAGCCAUGGUCAACUCCAGUCAGGUUUCCCAUUUCACCCUGGGAGCCUACUUUGACACCGGUUCUCUGAGAUGGCUGUAUUUUCUCAUCAUAUUGUGUGUUUAUGCCUCUAUACUGUUUUCCAACCUGCUGCUUAUAGUUGUCAUAUGUUUGAACAGGACCCUGCACGAACCUAUGUACAUUUUCCUCUGCAGUUUGUUUGUGAAUGAGCUUUGGGGCAGCGCUGGUUUAUUUCCGUUCCUUUUGGUUCAAAUGCUUCAGGACGUGCACACGGUCUCGUAUACGUUUUGCUUCCUUCAGAUUUUUUGUCUCUACGUGUACGCCUCUACGGAGAUGUUCACCCUGAGCGCCAUGGCGUACGACAGGUAUUUAGCCAUAUGCUUCCCCCUCCAGUACAACGUGCGCAUGAACACGUGCAAGAUCUCCGGCCUCAUCUUCGUGUCGUGGCUGUACCCGCUGUGCGCCAUCAUCACCGUGCAGAUUUUGGCCGCGUCUUUAGACUUAUGCGGAAACGCGAUCCCGACGGUGUACUGUAAUAACUUCUACAUCGUGCAGCUGGCGUGUGGUAAAACCGUCGUCCAUAACAUCUUAGGUUUGGCGAAUCUGUUCGUGACCGUUUUCUGUCCCCUGAGCGUGAUUUUAUUCUCGUACAUUUGUAUUCUGCGGGUGUGUUUUAACGGAUCCAAGCAGGCCCGGCAGAAGGCCCUGAGCACGUGCACGCCUCACAUCGCCUCCGUUAUAAAUUUAUGUUUUGGGAUGCUUUUUGAGGUCGUUCAGAGCAGGUUCGACAUGACCAACGUGCCCAAACUCAUGCGUAUACUGUUGUCGGUGUAUUUUUUGGCCCUUCAGCCGUUAUUUAACCCUGCCAUGUACGGACUCAAGCUCACCAAAGUCCGAGUGCUGUGCAGAAACACGCUCAGACGCACAAAAUGA